UUGACAGCAACUGUCAGAUGCAACAAUGUCACUGUCACUAUAGAAAGAUAUUUUUGCAAACAUUUCCAAGAAAUAUUAAUUAAUUACCAAAACCAAAGAUAAUGUAUAUAAUAAAGAUGUGAUUACAUACUAUUAAUAUCAAUUUAACAAAUUAUAGACGUGAGCAUGAAAAUGGGCUGUAUAAGUAGCAAAACAGACAUAAAUGACAGACACCCUAAUAUUUUUCAAGUGACAAAUGUUGAUGAUCAAGGAAAAAAGAUAAAGUCUGGAAAAUUGCAAGUAACUGAAACAGACCUAGUUUUUUACCAAAGAGGAAAGAAACCUACGAGAUGGCCCCUCAGAGCUUUGAGGAAAUAUGGAUUUGAUACAGAUAUUUUCAGUUUUGAGUGUGGUAGGAGGUGUCCCACUGGACAUGGUAUAUAUGCUUUUAAGUGUAGAAAAGCAGAACAGUUAUUUAAUAUUGUACAGCAAUACAUUUCAGGCAACGUAACAGAAGAUCCAAAUGUUAACCACAAUGACGUCCAUGCCAGCAAUGGCCAAAUAUUAGUUACUAGAAGACCAAAUUCAAAUGCUCACUUCCAAGCUCAAACUGAGGGCUACCUGAAUCCGGUAUCAGUACCACCUGUAAUAAGACCAGUUGUUGGAAAUAGUCGACCUGGUUCUGUGGGUAGCAACGGUCCAUUGAGCCCUACAUUAUCCCCUCCACCCUUAAGCGAUGUAUCCACUGAGCAUAACAAUAACAAGAGAGGCAGCUUGAUACCUGAACCAACUUAUACUAAUAGUAUAGGGGUGGAGAACAGUGUUAGUUUUCAGCAAUAUAUGAAUAUGGGUGGUGCUGAUACAAUUGGGGAUGUCAGUACAUCUCAUGUGUAUAUGAAUGUCGAUAUGCCCCAUCCUGUACCAGAAGACUUGGAAGAUCGCCAUUGCUAUGCUAACAUCGGUGUCGAAGAAUUAGAAGCCCUUCGACCUCCAGAUACGCCACUAGUUCCAUGUGUUAAUCUAGAACAUCCCAUUGUAGAAGAAGUAAAUUAUGCAGAGUUAGAUUUGGACGGUGGUGGGGACGGGACUGUUAAAUCACCGCAGGCGGUUCCAGAGGGCCCUAGUAUAAAAGAAAAAUACGUAACAAUCGACUUUCAGAAAACGACAGCUUUAUCACAGUCAAUAAACCCCAGUAUGACAGUAGAAGAAGGGUGCAGGAAAACAAGGCACAAUUCUACUAUCAACUACAAUAGUUCAAUAAGCGAUUGAACCUAAUCGAUGGUUUGUGAUGUAUUUUGUAUUUAUUUGUCUCUAAGACAAUCGAUAAGGUGCGUUUUGUUUCUUUUUAUAUGGUUUUACGUAUUAACAGUAAUUUCCUACAAGUUAUAGAAGUUCAUGAUAUUAUAUUAAUCAUACACUGGCGGGCAAAAAUUUAGGUCACUAGAUGAAUUAUACACGUUUGAUGCUUCGAAUUUCCUAAACCUGUUGUCCGAUUUAAGUGAUUUUUUUUAGUAUUUUAUAGCUUUAUUAUGUAAGAAUCUCAAUGUGUUAAUAUUGUUGCUA